CAGAGAAGUGACAGUUCGCUCUGAGAUGUGUCACUAUUUUGUGGAGUUUACGAAUAAUUUUCCUCAUUUUCCGUGCUCACAAAAUCGUGUUUGGUUCAGUUUUGGUGUUCACCUCAAAUGAUUUACAUCGCACAACCUAUCCUCGUGCUGGAGUGUCGCAGAUUCGUGUGAUCGUGAUGCCAAUUCCCUUCCUGCGUGCUUCCUUCCGGUUUUAGUGGCCACACAGUUCCUGACACACAGUGCUGAAGGAUUAAGGGUCACAACAGGGGAAUUUAGUUGGGGGAGCCCUUAAGAGGAUUCAUCGUUGUCAGCCACAUAUAGGGACUUCCACUACAUUUUUUCUGAAGAGAGAUUUGUUCAGCAGCUUCCAAAACGAUUUUCCAAUAUUUGCAUGAAAAAUUCAACAUAUGGGUGAUUAGCAGAGCUUUCGGGGCUGGAGACUUGCAUCAGAAAGCACACAGAAGUAUUUUAAAUGCAUAAAGAUGUCGAGGUAACAGGAAGCAGAGAUUGGAUUUAUAUUGAAUUUAUUUCUCACCCUUGAAUGGCAUGAAGAAUGACAAGUGCAAAGCUCGUGGAAUUGUGUUGGGAUUAGUGUUGGUGAAUUGUGUGGGUCGGGUGAGGACCGACAAAGAGUUAUGUUGCUGAUGUAGUGGAGGAAGAAGGAAUAAAAUCCGUAAAGAGACACGGAGAGUGAAGCUUUGCAAGCCAAAUAUACAUACAAAAAAAAGAGGGAAAAAUCAGAAAAAGCUGAGAAGCUCUGCGGGGCAUAAUAGGGCUCGGUGUUUAACACGGUGGGGUUCUUUUUUGGCCAAGGAGUGUGUGAGGAUAUUUAAAUUUUGAAUUUUGACACCAUUUUGGGUGGCAAAAAAAAAGGAGAGAGCCACGGCGGCAGAAGGAAUCAUGAGACUUGGAGUGAGAAAUCGACGAGCAGCCCUAUUCGGGGUUGUUUGCUUGCUUGCCGUAACAAUGGUCCUGUUUAAAUUCAGCGAGCUUCGACCGACGUGCCUCUUUAAGGACGACCAAACAGCCCCAAUGAUGAUUCGGGACGAGAAAUUCGUCCUUGGAACGGAUCAGAAGGUAUAUCCCUAUCAUAGAAAUAUGCCAUUGAUUUUUAUCGGGGGUGUUCCACGUUCUGGCACAACACUCAUGCGAGCAAUGCUCGAUGCUCAUCCGGAUGUAAGAUGCGGUCAGGAGACGAGAGUAAUUCCCCGUAUCUUGCAAUUGCGAUCGCAUUGGCUCAAAUCAGAGAAGGAGAGUGUACGACUCCAGGAGGCGGGGAUAAGUAAAGAAGUGAUGAAUAGUGCAAUUGCUCAGUUUUGUUUGGAAAUAAUUGCCAAACAUGGGGAGCCAGCAUCGAGAUUGUGCAACAAGGAUCCACUUACACUUAAAAUGGGCUCAUAUGUCAUUGAGCUUUUCCCUCAGGCAAAAUUCCUCUUCAUGGUACGAGAUGGACGUGCCACAGUGCAUUCCAUUAUAUCGAGAAAAGUGACAAUAACAGGAUUUGACCUUACGAGCUAUAGACAGUGUCUCACUAAAUGGAAUCAUGCCAUCGAAACCAUGCAUGAACAAUGCAAAGAGAUUGGCAGGGAACGAUGUAUGAUGGUUUAUUACGAACAGUUGGUGCUCCAUCCUGAGGAGUGGAUGAGAAAAAUCCUCAAAUUCCUCGACGUGCCAUGGAAUGAGAGUGUUCUGCAUCAUGAGGAAUUUAUAAAUAAACCAAAUGGAGUCUCUCUAUCGAAGGUGGAGAGAUCAUCAGAUCAAGUGAUUAAGCCUGUAAAUUUGGAGGCACUGAGCAAAUGGGUGGGCCACAUUCCUGACGAUGUGGUCCGCGAUAUGGCCGAUAUAGCACCAAUGCUAUCAAUUCUCGGCUAUGAUCCGUAUGCCAAUCCACCCGAUUAUGGUAAGCCAGACUCUUGGGUGAAGGAUAAUACGUCUAAAGUAAAGGCAAAUAAGAAGUUGUGGGAUAUCAAAGCGGAUCAACUUCUUAAUCGUAAUGAGGUCUUUGAUAAAGAUGAGAAGGAGAAUAAUUCCAAUUCGGAUGAUGCUGAGGCAGCAGCAGCACCCGAUCAGGGAAAUGGGGGUGCUGGAGAUGUGGCGGAUGGUGAUGGCAUGGCUGGGGAUGCGCCCCGAAAUGCCGGAGGUGACGAUAAUGACAUGAAAUCGUGAUACUGGACCAUUAGAAUGAGGCAUUUACAAGUAGCAUUAAGGGCGUGAGUGUGACCUUAUUUCCCAUUUAGGUUUUCUUUUUUUUUUAAAUCUUUCUCUUAUUUAUUUCACGAAAUUAACUUUUUUUUGUUUGUUAAGUUACGCGAUGUUUGAUGGAAGAAGUUUAUCGAAAGAGAGAAAAAUAAAGUGAAAAAAAAGGACACAGAGACAUAUAGAACAAAUCAUAAUGUGCAAACGCGUGUGCGAUACAGAAAAAAGCUAUAUAAAAUUGUUCACUGUGCAAUUAAUUGCCUGAUAAUGUGUGCUAUAUAAUUGUUUAAUUGAUAAAAUUAUUAAUUGCGCAAAAGAUAGGAUAAAUUUUAAAUGAACAGUAGUUAGAAUGGAGGGGUGACUUAUAAUUCGAGGAUGUUAAUGACAUUUCAGGGGGGUUGGAGUGGAUUGAUUAAAUUUUCCAUGGGGUGCUUUUUAAAUGUUUUUUAAUGGCAAUAUAGUAUAGUGAUUAUGAUGAAGCGUAAUUGACUCUUUUGAAAUUGACAAGGGUUGUCAAACAAUUAUGUGGACAUGCCAAUAAAUUUCUGUCAUUCAAAUAUGUCAAAAAUUAAUUGCAAAAGAUUUAUCUUUUACAUUUGUAUGAAUUUUAUUUGCAAAAGACCAAUACUGUGAGACUGCUAAAAAUAUAAUUGAUGUUGACAAUUUAUUUGUUAGAAAUUAUUUUGACAGGUUUGAAAAUUGACAAUGACUGAUAACUGUCAAUAAGUUAUGUCAAAAGGGAAAAUCUCUAAUCAACAGAUUUUUGCAAUAUGUAUAGAUUAAUUGCAUUUAUUUAAAAGUAUAGCAAUAAUAUUGAAGUCUCUUUGCUGUCAAAAAUUUGACAUUUAAACCAUUUGACAGAUGCAAAAUUGACAACUAAUUAAAAGUCUUGUCAAAAGAGUAAAAAAAAUAUGAAGAUUGGAAAGAAAACUUUUCUUGAUUUUCUUUUGAUCAUCAAAAGCACUCGAAAAUUGUCUUAAAUGAAACAGACAAAAUUUGUUUUCAUUUUUUUUUUCAUAUCAACACUUCAUGUCAAACUGCCAAACUUUUCCAGAGAACUUUCAAACUGAUAAUUUUCUAGCAUAUGGAAAAUUUUUCUCCAUCUCGUCCAACCUCCUUGGGGGUAAAAAAAAAGAGAAAAUAUUGUGAUUUUAUUGAGUAUGAUGAUUAUAAGGGUGGGAAAAAAAUUCAAAGAAGAAUUGAAAGCUGUCAUGAAACUAAUCAAAGUUUAAUAUUUUAUCUUUGACGAAAGAAGAAAAUCAUAUUGUACAUAUUAUCGUUAUUUGUAAAAAAAAGACGAUGAGAGGAGAUAAAAAAUUGCAUAUAAACACAUAAA